AUGCAUAGAGGGCGAGGAGCGGCAGACGUCAUGGAGUUUGAUCAGCUCCGGAGCUCAGAAGCCGAUGCGACGGCGCAUGCGACGGUCGUCGACGUCGGUCAGCAUCCUGUCACGCUGCCCUUUGGGAUGAUGCUGAUUGCUCUUGGAGUCCUGUCGGUUCUGUUCCACUUUGCGAAGCAGUCCAACAUCAUAGCAUGCAUUAUCAUCGGGGCUGUCGUGGGAGCGAUGGGAUGGGAUCAGGACAUGUACCUCAGCAAGGCCACGUCGCAGGCGUUCAUCGAGCUGGGGAUCAUGUGGAUUCGUCUUGUUCAUGGGAGGGAUGGAGUCCUCAUCAACGGGUUCGGCCAGAUCGCCCUCAACUUCGCAGUCUUUGCUGGGCUGGCAGCAGGGACGGGAACCACCAAGGACACGGUCGCGACCGUCUACUUCGGCCUCGCCUGCACCUUCAGCUCCACCAUCCUCGUGCUGGGAGCACUCAAGAGCCGCGGGGAGAUGGAGACAAGUGAGGAUGCUGUUGACUUGUGGGGAGCUGGGGUGGAGCUGGGGGUCGGAGUUGUCGAGAUGUGGCGUCUGUUGCACGGGCAGAUCAUUCUUGGUCUCAUGGUUCUGCAAGAUAUCACUGCCGUCCUCGCCCUUUCCAUCCUCUCGGGCUUCGACAAGUCCGUGGAGAACCCUCCUCCCAUCGGGCAAGUCAUCGGCGUCAUCAUCGGCGAGCUCAUCGCGAUCAUGGUCGUCCUCAUCUUCCUCAACAAGUUCGUCCUCACUCCUCUCUUCCGCCUCUUUGCCGUCAACGGCGAGAUGCUCUUCAUCGGUACCUUCGCCUACGCCCUCGGCGUCGCCGGCAUCUGCUCUCAGUUCGGGCUGGCGGAGAUCGGAGCUUUCUAUGCAGGCGUCAGCGUUGCCGCCCUGCCCUACAGGCUUCAGAUCGAGACCAAGGUAGAGCCGAUCAAGGCCUUCGGAGUCGUUCUCUUCUUCUUCAUCCUCGGCAUCGACCUCCACCUGACCCCUGAGGGACUCCGGGAAGCAGCGCCCAUGGCAGUUGCGGUCGCACUGCUGACGGUGUUUGUGCUGCCGUCGCUCAUGUGGUUGUGCGGGAUGAUGGCGGGAGUGGACGGGAGGUCAGCGUUCUUGAUCGGAAAUACGAUCAACCAGGUCUCAGAGUUCUCGCUCAUCAUCGCCUCUCUCGCCAAGGGCUACGGGGUCUUCGACGAGAAGAUCUUCAUGAUCAUAACCCUCGGCACCCUCAUCACGCUUCUCCUCUCCUCCUCCGGCCACGUCCUCGCCGAUCAGAUCUACGGCAAGAUCAGCUGCCUUCUCUACCCCCUGGACAAGUGGUGCAGGGUGAAGGAGGAGGCGGAGGAGGCGUUCCUGAUGGAGCAACACGUUGUGCUCCUAGGAUUCAACGAGGCCGGGUUCGAAGUCGCUGAAUUCUUCCGCAAGCGCGGCAAGGACGUGCUCUGCAUCCACCUCGACGCCUCCCUGCAUGAGACGUUCCAGAGGAUGUUUGUGCUCGGGCAGGCAGCACGGGACGUAGGAGGAGGAGGAGAAGGAGGAGGGAAGAAGGAGGAGGGAGAAGUCAGCGCGGAACAGGUCAAGCCAAUGUUUGAGGAGUGUAUGGAAGACGGGAAGGAGGGGGAGGAGAAGAAUGGGGAGGAGAAGAAGGAGAACGGGAAGGAGGGGGAGGAGAAGAAGAAGGAGAACGGGAAGGAGACGAGGAAGGAGAACGGGAAGGGAGGAGGGAAGGAGGAGGGGAAGGAUGUUGAAAAUCCUCUCCCUCCUUCGUCACAGACAGGAAGCAACAUCUACUCGCAGUAUGCUGAUCCUGAGAACCCUGAGAGCUGGCACCACUACUCCCUCCACUCUGCGAGCCUCGUGGUGUCCUGCCUGCAGGAUAGGACGAUUCUGCUCUUGCGGCCGAAUUGA